AUAUUCAUAAUUCGCGCGCUCCGCCAGCAGAUGUCUCCGCGGUCGGUAAGUCCGAGAUUAGUAGUACAGAGGCCGUUGGCGCGCGAGCAAUUGUACCAUGUCGACGACGACGGCGACGUUGCACGUGUUACGUUGUCGCGGUUUGAAUAGGCUCGCGCUCCUGCAGUCGCGCUCACCGUCCCGAGUACUAGUGCAGCAGCUGCGCCAGCCAGUGCAGGAGUCGUUAGCUCGCAAGUCCGUUAUCGCCAGGAACAUGUCGACGAGCUUCAGCACCGUAGAACGAGGCGCGCCCAACUCGCCCGAGUACCGGCUCUUCUUCCAAAAUGAAAACAGCCCAAUUUCUCCUAUGCAUGACAUCCCAUUGUUUGCGGAUGAAGCCAACAAAACAUUCCACAUGGUCGUUGAAGUACCAAGGUGGACAAAUGCAAAAAUGGAAAUUAACUUGAAGGAAACGUUGAACCCAAUCAAGCAAGAUAUUAAGAAGGGUAAUCUCAGAUUUGUUGCCAAUUGCUUCCCCCACCACGGCUACAUCUGGAAUUAUGGCGCACUUCCACAAACAUGGGAAAACCCAGAUGUAUUGGAUGAGGCCACUGGUUUUAAAGGAGACAAUGAUCCCAUUGAUGUUUUGGAGAUUGGCUACAGGGUAGCCAAACGAGGUGAAGUGUUGAAAGUGAAAGUUCUAGGUUGCGUUGCACUUAUUGAUGAAGGUGAAACUGAUUGGAAGAUUAUUGUCAUCGAUGUGAAUGACCCGUUGGCUAAUCAGAUGAAUGAUGUUGCUGAUAUUGAUAAGCAUUAUCCAGGUUUACUGAAAGCCACAGUUGAAUGGUUCAAGAUCUACAAAAUUCCUGAUGGCAAGCCAGAAAAUCAAUUUGCCUUCAAUGGAGAAGCAAAAUCGAGGGACUUUUCUUUACAUGUUAUUGAAGAAGUACACAAGCACUGGCAAAGCCUUAUUAAGAAAGAAACUAGUUCUGGAAACAUUUCAUGUACAAAUGUAACGGUAACGGACAGUCCGUUCCAAAUCACAACAAAUGCUGCAAAUGAGGUCCUACAGAAAUCUCCAGAACCACAAGUAGCACUGCCUAUUGAUCCUAUUGUCGAUAAAUGGCAUUAUGUUCACCUGCAGUGAAGAGGAAAUUAGCAGCUAUAAACAGAGAACUCUCAUAGAUAAUGCAGAAAUGAAACAAAGCUGUUUGUUCAUUUUUGCUAUGCACUUUAUCUUGUCACUUUUUCAGUAAUUGUGCAGCAAGCCUUAAGGUAUUUAAGUUACUGUUGUAAUAAACAGUUUUAUUUAUUGCAAAUGUAGAAUGAUAAUGAAGCAUAAUUAAAAAAUUAUAAGAAGCAGUUGAUAGGAAAGGUUGUAAUAUAUCUAAGAUGAAGUGAAAGACAAAGACUUGGUAUGUUAUGAAAAAAAAAAAAUAUUUUUUUCACGCAAAUAAGAGAAUUCAAUAAAAAGAUUCAUCUUUGAUAA